CAGUAGUUGAGUCUGCCACCAGUAGCCAUUCUGUUAGCAAACAGAGGGACUGUGUGAAGAUGUGGAGAUUGACUUGUGCCACUUUGACCCUACUCAUAUGUGUCAAAGGUUCACUUUCUCAGUUGAAUGUUUGUGGACAAGCCCCUCUGAACUCCCGUAUUGUAGGGGGUGUAAACGCAUCUCCGGGUUCAUGGCCUUGGCAGGUUAGUCUGCAUAGCCCUAAGUAUGGAGGUCAUUUUUGCGGAGGCUCACUGAUCAACAGUGAAUGGGUGCUGACCGCAGCUCACUGUUUACCUGGUGUCUCUACAUCCAGUCUGGUUGUGUACUUGGGAAGGAGAACACAGCAGGGAAUUAAUAUUUAUGAAACUAGUAGAAAUGUUGCGACCAUGAUCGUUCACUCCUCCUACAACAGCAACACAAACGACAAUGACAUCGCACUGCUGCGCCUGUCCUCUGCUGUUACCUUCACUAACUAUAUCAGACCUGUGUGUCUGGCGGCCCAGAACAGUGUCUAUAGUGCUGGUACCAGCAGCUGGAUCACAGGCUGGGGAGAUAUUCGGGUUGGAGUGAAUCUACCUGCUCCUGGGAUUCUGCAGGAGACUAUGGUUCCAGUUGUGGCUAAUGAUCGAUGUAAUGCUCUGCUGGGUCCUGGUUCUGUCACCAACAACAUGAUCUGUGCUGGUUUAACACAGGGAGGCAAAGACACCUGCCAGGGGGAUUCUGGUGGUCCAAUGGUGACUCGGCUGUGUACAGUGUGGGUUCAGGCUGGUAUCACCAGCUGGGGUUAUGGCUGUGCUGAUCCUAACAGUCCUGGGGUUUACACUCGUGUGUCACAGUAUCAGAGUUGGAUCACAAGCAAAAUCAGUCUGAACAAGCCGGGAUUCAUUCUCUUCAACCCACCAAGCUCAUGCUCCUCUGCCAGCCGAAUCUCAACUUCCUGUAGCGGGAGAUGCAAUGAGAUGUACAACAUACUCAAUCGCUGCAACUGCAAUGCUAACUGCGCUAUAAAAUGCUGCACAGAUUACAAACAGCGUUGUGCCAGUUGAGAUAACUCGAUGGAUUUCAAACAGGCUUGUAAUCACAUCACUUCUGAAUAAGAACUUUGCAUGCCUGUUCCUGCCGAAGACAGUGCUGCUUUUCAAAUGUUGCUCAGUCAGAAUAUCAGUGGAAACAGCCUUUUAAAGAGCCGCUUCACUGCCUUCACUCAGGGGUGUAAAUGCAUACUGAUAAUGAUUAACUCUAUUAGUUGAGACUCUCUCUCUUUCUUGUUUAUGUCAACUUGUUCCUUUAUUUAGCAUUUACAGCGUGAUUUACAUUUCCAGAUUUCUAGAUAUAAUCAAAUUAAACUUGAAAAUUUUAUUAAAAAUGGAAAUUUCUUUCACAAAUACAUUUACACUUCCAAAUAAUGGUCCUCAAAAUCAUUAAAUACUUUAUUAACAAUACAUUAAACACUGACUUUAUCAGAAAUCACCCCUUAUACACUCAAAUAAUCCAUUAUUUGAGGAAGCAGCCAUUUCUAGUGGUGUCUGAAAAGUUAUGCUAUGAAGUGCACUGAAUUAAGUCCACCUACAAUGUCCAGCAAUAGAUUUCAAUUUUUUAAUGUGGUGAUGUCGUUGGCCCAUGAAUAUUCCCUGCUUGUUAAACUAUAUCCUAACUGUACCAAGAGGCAAUUCAUUCAUAACUUGACGGUAAAACAGCCCUCAUAACAUUAUUUAUCAAUAUGUGGAUCUUUUUGGAUUCUCAGCAGCUAUGGAAAUUAAAAAUGUAAUACAGGAAAUACGUUAGGACCAUUGUUAUUGUUCUCAUCCCUCAAAAUGGUCUAUAACUGAGUCUACAAACCAUGUACACAGAAAAUCCCCAUAAUGCACUGUUUUUGCACCGAAUAAAUUUCUGUGUCUGCCCACAA